UAGGGUGUUCCUCGAAUAGAAAGGUAUAUGCACCUGACGCUACUGGGGAGACGGUGAACGACGCGUGAAAUGGAGCAUAGGGCAAGAGAAAGGGUCACGGGGAGAUGGAAAGGGACUCACCGGAUCUUCGAGAGUUCGGCGAAAAAGUGGAAAACAUGUCUAAUAGACCAGGCGACCGAGUCGCUAUGAGAAGACACCCAGAGGCUCGAGCUCAGCAACACACCGACACCCAUCCACCAUGCACGUCAAGAUGAGGAAACCACAACAUAUCCACAAACUUCCCAGCCACCGAGUCUAGCAACAGCACAUGCACAGCCCAUCAAACCACCAGCAGGAGAGAAAAAGAAGCCAAACCACCAUCAUCCCUACUUCCAACCCCAAACCCACACCGCGCUUUCAUCCAAGUCCGCCAUCUCAAAUCCCAACCACUUCCGCCAGCACAACGACAACGACAACGACAACGAGAUCAUAUCGCAGACCGCUUCCUCCGCCCCGGCCCCACGCGCCCACCUACCCACCCACGUCCCUCCCAAACACAAAGCCCCACCCCCCAAGAUCCACCCACCCAUGCCCGCUCUCCGGCCACACAAGCACCUUGACCCCCUACACCGCACCGCACCGCUGUACACCGCUCCCUGAUCACAUCUACACCGAAACGACAUCCAAGAUGCGACAUGGCAUGCAAGGUCAGGCUAUGCUGUGCUAUACCAUGCAAACGCCCGCCGCACACCCAUGACUGGUUCCACAAACACUUGCGGAUGCGGCUGGCGCACCGGAGCGAGCUUGUCCUUGCGGUUUGUGAGCGGUAGGCGCGGGUCCGCGGUGAGAUGCAAUGGGGG